GCGAGCGGCACCAGGACGCGUCACGCAUUCCGUGUCUACAUGGCAGGAAUCUCCUCAUUCCCUGGAUCAUUCUCUCAGAGAUCACGCAGCCGAAGCCAUGGAUGUCUACUUUCUUCUCCUCGUGUCUUUUCUCUCUGUGUUUCACUUCAGCACUGCUGACCAGCCUUUGGAGGAAACAAUCGUUGUCGCAAGAAAUGUGGAGCUUCUCGGUGGCUGGAUCGACGCCAACCCAGAGAGGGAAGAUGUUCAAGAAGCUGCUAAAGAAGCUGUAGAGGCAUUCAACACGAAGUCCAAAGCAAAGAAAUACUUCAAACUUAUCAAUAUCACAUCGGCUCGCACUCAGGUAACAAAUAUGAUCAACUACAAAAUAGAGGCCACUAUUGGAAAGACAAAAUGCCGCAAAUCAGAUGAUGCAAAUAUUGAGGCUUGUGGAAUGGCAAAAAAGCAACUGGCAUGCAAGUUUGAGGUAACCCUUAACACAAUGAAUGAUGACCACAAGGUGCAGAAGAUGAUCUGCAGAAGAUCCUCUUGAAUUUCACAUGGACACCAAGCUGCCACAGUUUUGCACUUUUGGAUAGUUGACCAGACCACACGUUCUUUUUCUUAACAUAAACGAUUUUUUUUCCUGAUAUAUAGCUAAUGUAGAAUGGAUAACUUUUGUAAAAACUUAUAAUGUGGAUUAAAAAAAAACUCCCUUUGAAAGGAAUUUUAUAUUUUGUUAAGUACCUAAAAUACUUAAGCUUUUUUAUAAAAGGUGAGAAUUUUAUAGUGAAGUGAGAUCAGUAUGUAUGUAAACUAUUCAAAAACAAAUUAUGUAAUGACAAAAUGAUAUGUGAUUUUAAGUACAUCAUUUUCCCAAGAAGGGUUUUAAAGUUAAGUUUAGAAUCUGCUGUUGAGAGAUGUUUUCCAGAAUUCUACGGUAAGCCAGUUGGAACUUAUGAAGUCAUUUUGCAAACCUUUUUUUUUUUUUUUUACAUUUCCAAGAAUACAAUCUUGAGAGGAAACCACAGUAUAGCAAUAGAGCUAUAAUGAAUACACAAAUAAACUGCAAAUCAAAUACCAGUA